AUAGUUAUUUAUAAAAGCCCUAUUUAAAUGCGGAAACUGCUUAAAUAACCGCGAAUUUGUAUGUAUUCAAUAUACGACUAGAUCGUCGCGCAGUUCUAUGACAACAUACUUGCAGGAAUUGAGCAACUAAAGCAGUUUCUUCCUUCUUUCAUGCCAACAUCCGGAUACACAUGUCGCUUGACCUUCUGAACGGUAAAAAGGGAUGGAUGUAUUUGCUGGAUGAGGAGGAGGAGUGGAGAAAGUUCUGGUUUGUGGUCACUGACUCUGGAUUAAGAUACUAUAGAGACUCUGAGGCUGAAGAGAGAGAUGAAGCAGAUGGUGAGGUUUAUUUACACCAUUGUUUGCGAGUGGAGGAAUUUGAUGCAGACAAAAACUACGGACUUCAGUUGCACAUGCGCGAUGGACUGGUGACGCUGUCGGCGAUGACCUCCAGAAUCAGGAGGAACUGGAUCGACACUCUGAGGAGGAAAAUCUCCUUCAGGGAUUCAGAGGAGAGCAUACUACACCCAGACAACAGUGACAUCAGUGACAGAGAAAACUCCAGUUCCCAGAAUGCACCAUCACGAACCUCUCCUGCGCCCCGAGAGCUGUGCUCAGAUGACGGCGGUUUGUAUGAAGACGAACCCGACAUCACUUCUCCUUUAACCAAUCGUAGAGAAGCAGGUGAGGGUCGAGACCGAGAGCAUGAGCGGCGUCUGGAGGACCGAACCAAGUGGUUCCAGGAGGGGGUUUCUGACAGGGAGGGUGACGAUCCGUGGGAUAAAGUGGAGCUGAAGAAAGGGGGCGCUCCAGUGGUUUUGACCCAGCUGCAGGUUCCUAAAGCCAAGACGGGGCCCGACAUCGAGAAGAAGUGGGAAGACUUUGAGCAGCUUCCAAUCGGAGAGAAAAGGUCACUGGUUGGUUCCCAGAAUCCACAAGCGGCAAAUGAGGCCCUUCAAAGAGAGGUGCUGUCUCUGAGGCAGCAGAUAGAGUCACUCCGUCAGGUGCGUGUCGGAGCUCUCUGUGGUCCUGAAGCUCCCUGCACUCUCAGACUGCAGCAGAUGGAGAAAGAGCACAGAGAGAGACUAAAGGAGAUUCACCAGCAGCACGAGCGAGAACGCAGAGACAUGGAGACUGAAAAACAGAGGCUGCUGCAGGAGGAGGCCAAAAACACACUCCAGGCUAUGGAGGCUCUAAGGAAAACGCACCAGGAGGAGAUCGAGAGGCUGAAGGGUCAUGGAGGAGAAGAGUCAACAGAUCCAUCCAUCAAACAACAGCUGCAUGAGUCUCUGUCUCUGCAGCGUGAGCUGGACGGUCUGUCGCAGCGUUACUCCCAGCAGUGUGUGGAGCUCAACCGCAUCCAGAGUGGCACUGACGAGAGAGACGGACAGAUCCGACAGAAGGAGAGAGACAUGGAGCAGCUCCGCAUGGAGAAUCAGGAACUGCAGGCGCGUCUGACGGAGGAGAUAAGCCUCAUGCGAUCCUUCAUCACGGGUCAAAGGUCAGGGGUCGUUCCCCUCGGCAGCUACGAAAGGAGCACCUCCGAAUUAGAGAUGUUACUGAAGGUGAAGGAGAGCGAGGUGGAGUUUCUGCACAAGGAGAUCAGCUGUCUCAGGAAAGAGGUCCAGACUCUUAUUAAGGAGAAUGAAGCGUUGGGCGAGCGCUAUAAAGAGGUCUAUGUGGAGCUGAGCGAGUUAAGAGGCCGCAGUGAGAGAGACAUCAACGCACUUAAACAACACCUCAAACUCACCGACGCGGCUCUAGAGGAGGGCCGUCUCCUGGGCAACAGCGACAACCAAUGAGAGCACAGCAUCACCUCACAUGCAAACAUUAGCACUGGGACGCUUUCUGUUAUGCGGAAUUCAUUUUUGUUAGAAACUACAAUGGUGCUAAAUAUGAAUGAAUAUCGCAAGCUAUUACAGCAAAAUAUGCAUUUAAACAUGCCUCUGUUCGGAUUGUUGGGAGUAUGAAUUUUGAUUGCAAUGUGAAAAUAAACACACAAAACACAUUUGUGCCCCCGGACCACAAAA